AUGCCACGCGCGUCAAAAAACAAAGAUCCAAAUGCACCAAAACGUCCACUGUCCGCGUUCUUCUUAUUUUCACAAGAUGAACGUCCUGGUAUUAAACAAAAAAAUUCAGCAUUAUCGGUUGCUGAUGUUGCUAAACAAAUUGGUGAAAGAUGGCGUGGGGCUGGCGAUGACGUAAAGAAAAAGUAUGAAAAAUUAGCCAAAGAAGCAAAAGAAAAAUAUGAAAAAGAAUUUGCUGCGUAUAAAAAUUCUGCUGAUUAUAAAGCACCACAAAAAGGACAUAGAGCAUGA